CAGCUCCGUGGCACAGUAGAGAUGAAUGCAGCAUUAACGCGCGCGCUGCUUGUCCUCGGCGCUGCAGCGACCCUGCUUUCCCUGUAUUGGGGCUAUACCUCGCGAUGCCCCACAACAUGUUCUGCAGAUGCACAGCGAGGCCACACCGGGUACUUCGAGUACGAAUGUGCCGGCAAACCUCACCACUCGAGUUGGAGCAGUUGGUGGCAUCCGCAGCGCAACGAUGGUAAUCCUUCUGAGCGAGGCCAGGGUGCAGGCGCAACAACUAACGACUGGAAUAUACUCUACCAUCUCGGAGGCAACGGACCUUGGGUCGAAAAAGUCAUCGAUGUCGUCGACACUGGUAUCGCUGUGCCCGAUGGCUGUCAGGUCGAGCAGAUACACAUGAUGGCUCGACACGCCGAGCGCUACCCCACCAAGACAGCCGGCCGGAACCAAAGAGCAGUCGUUGAGAAGAUGAGGAGAAGCGGCAUCCAAUUCACUGGUAGUCUGGCAUUUUUCAACAACUGGGAACUAUUCUGGACAGACGAUGCCAAUCUUGAGCAGCUCACCAGCACCGGCCCCUUCAGCGGACGCCUCGGCUCCUUCACAACAGGCGUCCGUCUACGGACCCGAUACCACCAUCUCUUUGAACAAGCUCUCACGCGGAACGGCACAACAUACUGGGCCAGCGGCUCAAAGCGCGUCAUCGAAACCGCCCGCCACUUUGCCCUCGGUUUCUUCGGCCUCGACGCACACACGCAGCUCAAAGUCAUCUCGGAGACGAAGCACCAUGGCGCAGACACACUGACACCCGGCCGCACGUGUCACGCCAAUCAAAACGACGCCCAGGAGGGAAAAGCCAAAGGCUACCGUCUGAUGGGCGAGUACCGCACCACAUAUCUGCCCGCCAUCGCCGCUCGGCUGUCCGCGCAGGCCGGCCUCGACUUCACCCCGCAGGACAUCUUCUCCAUGCAAGAAAUGUGCGGCUUCGAGACGACCGUCCGCGGCCGCAGCGAUUGGUGCAAUGUCUUCACGCAAGACGAGUUCCUCGCCUUCGAGUACGCGCGCGACAUCCUGCACUUCUACCGCGCUGGGCCGGGUCAGAGGUACGCCGCGGCCAUGGGCUGGCUGUGGCUCAACGCGACGACCAACUUGAUGCUCGAGGGUCCGGGAGCAGGGCCGCUCUUCUUCAGCUUUGUUCACGACGGCGAUAUCGCGCCGAUGAUCACUGCUCUCGACGUGAUCAACGACGAGCAGCAUUUGCCGACUACGCACAUCGACCAUGGCCGCAAGUGGCGCAAGUCUCAGGUCUCGCCCAUGGGGGGGCGGAUCAUCUUCGAGCUGCUGGCGUGUGAUGCGAGUAGCGGUGCCUCUGACGGGCGAUAUGUCCGCGUCAAUAUCAACGACGGCAUCACGGCGCUUCCUGACUGCCAGAGCGGACCGGGAAAGAGCUGUGCGCUGGAAGACUUUGCUGCGAGGACGAAGAGGAGAGGCGAGGAAGCGGGUGAUUUCGCAGAGUUGUGUGGACUCGAUGAGGGUGCCGCGGAUCGAAUUGCCUUCUUACACCAGUAAGAUUGCGGCGAUUGUUGACAAGUGCCUAGCACCUCAUGUUGCUGCAUAUGCAAUCUUGAGCAUCCGUAGCUCACUUUGACAAAGAGCCAGAUGUCAGGAGGAGCUUAGAUACACUGUGGCGCCUAGACAAGCAGGGUGCACAGCACUGAAGCACUGCCUUAAGUUGCUGCGCGUGUGAGCUUUUGUUUUGCUCACAUUAAUCUUUGUCUCUUGCUAGUGCGCGCGUCCUCAUUACUUUCCGGUCCCUCGGAACGAGUUAAGUUUCUGGCCUGCUCCUGCAACGCAAGCAUUUGGCGAUAGUGUUGGUGACAAGCGCGGGUCGUCGGGUGGUUUUCUCCAAGAACAGCGUCGUAUCCAGCGCAUGCUUGCUUGUACAGAUUGCUGGAGUCAUCGUAGCGAAGCAUCUGUGCAAGAACGUGAGCAAAGCUAUACAUGCUU